AUGAAUACAGAGAAUAUUGUUACAGAAGACAAGAGCUGGGUUGAUAUAUUGAGAGAAAAGGCAUCCAACGAGUCGAGGCAGCCAAAGGAUUCUAAAUCUGAAAUGCCCGACUUAAAGGAGUCCCUACAAUUCAUAUUGGGAGUAUUGGACCAAGGUGCUACCCUUUGGAAUAGUCGAACGAUAGCAAAGUUGCUUGCAUCUUUUGAGUUGUUAAGUCUGUCUUCAGAUUGUGACAUUUACUCAGCCUACAAUGAGCUUAAAACCAACAAUUCAAUCAUUACAAUACUUCUCUACCUAAAUUACUUGUCAAGUCACAAUGCGUGUUCCUACUACGUUGAUUCUUUACCAAAUCCAAUCACAUCAACAUUCAAGGUCCUUCAAUUACCUCCAUUGUCCAAACCAGAGGAAUUUGUCACAACUGCAUCGGAUUUGUUGAACGAAAGUCAUAAGUUGGAAAACUUGUACAAUCUUCAACGGCAAGUAUUACACCUCAUGAACCAAAAUAUGGAAAGAGAGUGCCAACAUUUCGGUCCCGGAAGCAGUCCAUUAGAUGCAAAGUUGAUAAUCUCAUUCCACGAAUUGUUGCUUGCAAGUGUACUUUCCACUCGUAUCUGUUGCAUGAACUACCCUCAGUCUAAAAAGUCUUGCAUCGAGGCGCAAACCAACAUAGUUCUCAAUAAGGCCCUAAAUCUACAAUACGUUGCCGUAAACACUUCAAGACUUUGGGUCUGUUUGAUCAAUUUUGCUAAUGACAUUUGCUAUAGUGAUCUCAGGUACAUAAACAAUUUUCUUGAACUUUUUGAAAGUUUGUUGCGUCAAAAUGGAAAAGUUUUGAAAGAUGCCCUUAUUCUGGGUGGGCUACAGUUUUUUGUGGACACGUUUGUGCCAGGUCAUGUUUGGUUUGAAGUGGUUGCCGAUUCAGUUGCUGAUUGUACUAUAGACUAUUCCCAGUUUAAAUAUUUGUACAAUUUGUGA